AACUCAGCGUAGAGGGAACGCUGCUCCUGAUCCCCUGUUAGCCGUCUUCCCUCCUAGUAAACACUCUCCUCCCGUUUCUCCCUUUCGUUUCCCCUCUGAUCCCUUUGUCCCCAAGGGGUGUUCCUUGACAGUGUCAUUCCCUUCUUCUUCCGCCCUUAGUGCUCUCGUCCUACUGCUCCCUGUGUUCCACCGACACAUCUCUCUGGUGCUGAUCCUGUGUCCUCAGAAACUCUCAAGAUAACCCUCCAGUCUGGAGUUUUCUCUUUGAAUCGGUCUUCCUUCCUUUUUUUGGUCUUUCGCUGGAAAGGCUGAAGAGGAGGAUGCCAAGGAAACUGCUGUUACCUUAUAAAUCUGUGUUUUCUCACUCUCGGGUUCCAAGGGGUUUGCAUGAUUCCUUGGCGAUGAAUGCAAGCAGAAGCGGCUACCGGGUCUUCUCGGCAAAUUCUACAGCGGCAUGCACGGAGCUGGCAAAGAAAAUCACUGAGCGUCUAGGUGCUGAACUGGGGAAAGCUGUGGUGUAUCAAGAAACCAAUGGAGAAACAAGGGUUGAAAUAAAAGAAUCUGUCCGAGGCCAGGAUGUUUUCAUUAUUCAGACAAUCCCGAGAGAUGUAAACACGGCAGUGAUGGAACUCCUGAUCAUGGCUUAUGCACUGAAGACGUCCUGUGCCAAAAAUAUCAUCGGGGUCAUUCCCUACUUCCCCUACAGCAAACAAAGCAAAAUGAGGAAGAGAGGCUCAAUAGUUUGCAAACUCCUCGCUUCCAUGUUGGCCAGAGCAGGUUUAACUCACAUCAUCACUAUGGAUCUUCACCAGAAAGAAAUCCAGGGCUUCUUCAGCUUUCCUGUUGACAAUCUGAGGGCAUCCCCUUUCUUGCUUCAGUAUAUACAGGAAGAGAUUCCCGAUUACAGAAAUGCAGUAAUUGUAGCCAAGUCUCCUGACGCAGCUAAAAGGGCCCAGUCUUACGCUGAACGGCUGCGGCUAGGACUAGCAGUCAUCCAUGGGGAGGCUCAGUGCACAGAACAAGACAUGGAUGAUGGACGUCAUUCUCCCCCGACAGUAAAAAACACUACACUACACACUGGCUUGGAGCUGCCAUUGAUGAUGGCCAAAGAAAAACCACCAAUAACAGUAGUCGGAGAUGUUGGAGGCAGAAUUGCCAUAAUUGUGGAUGACAUCAUUGACGAUGUGGAAAGCUUUGUGGCGGCUGCGGACAUCUUGAAAGAGCGUGGUGCUUACAAGAUUUUUAUCAUGGCCACUCACGGGCUCCUGUCUGCUGAUGCUCCACGACUGAUUGAAGAGUCCUCGAUCGAUGAGGUGGUGGUCACCAAUACGGUUCCUCACGAGGUGCAGAAACUGCAGUGUCCCAAGAUAAAGACUGUAGAUAUCAGCUUGAUCCUCUCCGAAGCCAUCCGUCGAAUCCACAAUGGGGAAUCUAUGGCUUACCUCUUCCGCAACAUCACUGUGGAUGAUUAGAUAUCUUUUUUCUUUUCUCACUCCUCCUGUCUGGUUUCCUUAAACAGGAGAGUGGAAAUGCGCAUGAAACGCCGGUGCCAUAAAGUUGACAGUAUACAGUUUUUGAGAUCUUACAAGGGGAAUGGGUGUUCAGGGACUGUUGCAACUACUAAGAGUUUCACAUCUUUCUGGAGGCUGAACUAGAUCAGGACGCAUCAGGCACUGGAGUCUAUUUGACAUUGCUUUGAAGGAGACUAUUGGUGACCUCUUGAUUGUAUUGUGUGAGGGAAAUGGCGAAGUGACCUUGAUGGCUUAUUGAGAUUUGGCUUACUCCACAAAUUCUCUAGGAAGAAGUGCUGUCAAACUACUUGGUAGAAGCUGGGUUUCUUUCUGCAUUGCUGGUAUGUGCAAUGCCCCUCUUUCCUAAUCCAAUCGAUGCAGCGGAGCUUCCUUUUGUGAAACCAUCUACAAAUAAGCUUCAUUUUAUGGCCGCUUAGGUAACUUCAUCAGCAAUAACACAGCAUGAUGCUAAGUGAUUCCAAAAGGGUGGCAGAGAACAGGAGAAUGUACUUUCUCUCCUUUUGUGGAACCGUAGGUUCUAAUACUGUCCAGUUGGCAAGUACCUCUUCCCUAAAGUUUGCAGGUAACCUGUCUCAGAUGGCGUGCUGUGUUCAGGGGUUGAAGCAUGCUGGCCAGAAAAUAUAGAGACAUCCAGGUCAUCCAUAACUGUAUUUUACACACUUAACUUGAAGAGCUAACCUAGAAAAAAGUACUUUUGUGAAUUAGCUAAGUUAUAAGAGAUUGCUAUAUACCGCUAUGUUAACACUGACAUCUUUGCUUGGGUGAUUCAGCCUGAUUCCUAAUGUGGUGGCUCUUAAUAUUUUACCAGAAAAAACUAUGGAAUUUUGUAUCUCUUUGGGACUUUCCAUUAGAUGAUAGCCUCUGGCUUGGAGGGGAAACGACAUACUCCUUGACCGAUUUCACACAAGAGCCGCGCCGCGGUCGCGCCUCCCUUUGCCCCGCUUCCGUUGGUCAAUUUCGCACACGAAGCC